AUGUCUUCGAACACGUCAAUGACAGUUGACAGUCCCACACCACGUGCAACAGAUGCACCACUUAAUCUUAAUGAUUUGACACGUUUUUACACACCGAAUACGCAAGUUCCGAGAUCGUUCUUGUCUGCGAAUCAGUCACUCACCGGAAAUCCAAAUAGUUACUUUAAUAAUAAUGAUUUAGAUCUGGUCGGCGACAUCCUCACAAAUAACUUGGGCGAUUACGGUGGUACGCACGAUGUGUACAUCAAAUUUGCCCAAGCUUAUUCGCGAAAUUCCCAGCAAAUGGAUUUGCAAAGGACGCCGGAAAGUUACGAAGAGCUGUGCGAUCUAUUCCUGAAAAUAAUUGAGGGGGAGCAUGUUAGAACGUUCGCUUCAGAAUAUAAGCAAUGUAAUCUUUGGGAGAUCGAAAGAAACACGUGGAAUUUGAUAAAUCAAUUACAGAUACUCCGAUCGACGCACCCAAAGGAUUUAAACAUACCUUUAAAGCCAUAUCUAACGGAAGGAGAAUUACUUGGCGAAUUAAUCGCGACUAAAAUCGACUUUGCUGAAGCCUGUGUAUGCAUUCACCAGUGUUUCAAAUAUAAUAUGAUUUCUCAUGAAUUAGACUUGGAAACGCAUGGUGAAAUUUGGUCAGAAACGAAAAGUCAUAUCUUAUAUACUUUGAAGGAUGAAAGUAACAAAUAUCUCGAUCCGGAUGGCCCAUACAGAAAUAAAACUUCUCUACUUCCUACUGAUCAGAUACAUGAUAAAGAGUUAGCAAAAUCAGUAUUUGAAUAUCUAAGACGAGGACAAAUUCAUAAUGCGUGUGACAUCUGUGAAAAAAAUGGACAAUAUUUUAGAUCAUCCUGUAUCAGUGGCUCGAUUAUUUACCAUGAGAAUCAAAACGCUGAAGAAGAUGCCGUGGAGGGUACUGGAAAUAUUAACAGAUCCUUGACGCGUGCGAUAUUUUAUCGGAAUGCACUGGAGGUUGAUUUGGAUAUUUACGAGCGUGCAUAUAAUGCUGUUUUAUGUGGAGACGUUGAUAAUGUUGCGCCUGUAUGUAGAACUUGGGAAGAUUACGUCUGGGCUUAUUAUAAUGGAUUAAUAGAGUGUAAACAAGAACAGUAUUUUGAUCAACGCGGUCGUAUCUCUAGGGAUGUGUGUGAUGAGGAAUUGCCGGUUCCAAUGAAUCUAUUAAAUUUCACUCCGGAAGACAUUUUCCGUUCAGUCGAAGCUCUAAAAGUCGACAAGUCUCCCUUGUUAAAAAUUUUUCACAAGGUUCAAGAACUCUUCAUUUUGAAUAAUACCGAUGAAAUUGUGAAAUUUUUGAAAGUAGAAUUACUUGACAAACAACUGAGACAGAAAGAUAAUGCCGCCUACUCCCAAAUUAUAUGUUUUGCGGCACAUUUUGUGUUGUUUUUACGUGACAUGAUGAUCCCUUCACCUGAUCAGGAGUCAGACGACAUCAUCAAAUCGUAUACUGAACUCUUAAUAGAAUACCAACAGGAAAGCAUCAUCGCUUUGUAUGCUUCGAAAUUAUCGAGAGAAUUAUCGGUCGAGACCUACGCUUUAUUUUUGAAAGGUAUCACUGCGAGUUAUGACGAAAGAUUCGAAUUAUACAAAUUGGCAGAGAAACAUGGUCUGAAUGUUAAAGCGAUUGCUAGAAAAACGUUUGACAUGAUAUUCGACGAGCCAAAAACAGAGGAGAAAUAUGGUUACAUUUCCCUCCGCAACGGAGCCUCUUCUGAUACAUUAACAAAUCCACUGGAUCCCCCGCUUCGUGAAACGAAUGAUCCUGUCGAACCACAUGAUUCUGUUAAGAUUCGAGGUUUGGAAUGGCUAACCUUUAACAAGGAUCAAAUGAUUGAGGCAUUCGACCGCGCCAAUGCCUUGUGCAGAAGAUUCUUGGCCAAGGGAAAACUAAAUGCUGUUAAAACCCUUUUCCGCGAAAUUUCAAAUUCGAAAUCUCCUUUGUCGAGUUAUAACAUUGAUGAAAAAAAAUCUGGUUAUGAGUACUCUGUACUUAGCGAGUAUUCAUUUUAUUACACUCUGACCGAUUUCUUUAGUAAAAAUGAGUACUGGGUGAAAAUUGAACGAGAAAAAUCCCUCGAUCAAACUUCUUACAGUCGAGACAUUACCAAGUGGUCGAUGCGAAUAAGAGAAGCUACCGAGACUUUAGAAAAGCUUUUCGAUAAGUUCCUAUACGCACUGGCACGUGAUUCAGAUGAAGAUGAUCUUCGAACACAAGAAUUGGAACAGAUAAAGGAUAUCUAUGUUCCGAAUAUCGUUCUUCGCCUGCACCAUGUAUAUGAAAAGACGCAAAAAAUAAUACCAGCUAAUUUGAACAAAAGCUUUCACCUUGCGAACUUGAUCGCAGAUGAAAAUCAACAGCUUUAUAUUCAUUUUCGACGCGCGAAGAAGUUACCCACGUUGAUUGAGUGCAUAAAAAGUUCAUACCUUGCGAUAAUAAGGGAUAAUCCAAGUGACGUUAUUCUUUAUUAA